AUGACGGAUAACGGGAGACAAUUCUUCAACAGUUUGAUGGACAGGUUGUGUGAAAAAUUCAAAUUCAAGCAAUACAAGUCAUCCAUAUAUAACGCUGCUGCAAAUGGGUUGGCUAAGGCAUUUAACAAGACAUUGUGCAACUUGCUGAAGAAAGUUGUUUCCAAGUUGAAGAGAGAUUGGCAGGAGAAGAUCAGUGAAGCGUCGUGGGCUUAUCACACCACUCACCGUACCCCUACAAGAGUCACCCUGUACUCUCUCGUUUAUGGGGUAGAAGCUGUCCUUCCUUUGGAAAGAGAAAUUCCAUCGCUAAGAAUGACGGUGCAAGAAAGGCUGACUACAAAGGACAACGCCAAACUGCAGCUCCAAUAA